AAACGUCAACGCCGAAGCUACAGCUGCGGUUCGUGCAAAGUCCUCAAGAUCAAGUGUGACCUACAGAUUCCCUGCUCGUCGUGCGUCAAGUUCAAGCGCAUGGACAAGUGCUUGGAGAGUCCACCCCGACCCCCGUCCAAGGAGGAAAUGACCCGGAUCCAGGAACGCAAGCAGCGCACCAAGAAGAAGUCCCGGCUCCAGGAGGUUCCUGAGGGCGCCAGCGACGUCCAUACGGGCGAGCGACUACUGCCUGCUAAUGGGCUCGUUGCACCCGUGCCACCAAAUGGGCUCGUUGCACCCGUACCACCCAAUAGCCAUAGCCAGGCGCCUUCACACCUCCACGGUCCCUACGGCCCCCGAGCCCUCCAGGGGCCGCCGCUGGACGUGUUGCCCAACGCCAGCUCGUUGCCAGGCAUGCACGUCACGCCCGACGCCCUCUUCAUGCAUUACCACCACCAACCGCUGGUGCACCCUGAGCAGACGCCGCUCCAAGCGUUCCCGGCAUUGCCCAUGGCUGCACCUGUGCCCACGCCAGACUCCCACCCAUCUACCUACUGGGCCAAUCCGUUUGGCACCGACGGCCUCGGGUCGAUCGACGCCCAGUCCCGCGACGACGAGUUGUGUAUGGUGGAGAUGUCCAUGCUUGAAGUGGGCAAAAUCAGGCGUUUGCUCCCCAACUCGUUUGCCAUCGUUCAGAAACUCCACCAGGCGUACCUCCAUGCAGAAGACGCGCAUGUGUCGCAGCUCGUGGACCAUGACACCCUCUUGCAUAAGUAUCACCACAUCUACACCAAAAUCAAGCAGACAGGCGACCACGACCUCUCCAAGACGUUCCGGUUCACCAUUGUGGAGGUGCGCGUGGCCAGCCACUUCUUGUUGAUGUUCGCCAGUGGGCUCUUGUUGGAGGACGCAGGCCUCUCCAACUUCCUCCUCGAGGGCCUGAUCUUCCAGCCUAAUGCGCAGAUCAUCGACGAGUGGGUGCAGCUCGCCAAAGCAUUGCGCGCCAAGAUCUUGCGUUACGAGAAGACCACCGACAUUCUCUACUUGUUGGACUGGUACUUUUUCGCCAAAUGCUACUACACGCUCAACAACCAGAUAGUCGACCACUACCUCGAGUUCAACAGCUUGUUGAACUACGUGGUGUUGAACAGCACGUUUGUCGAGCUCAUCGAGGACCCUGAGAGGGAUACGCCGCCGGCGCAGGUGCCCAUUGCCAUGUCCGGCAGUCUUCCCACCACCACCAGCAUUCAGGAGUAUCCUGCAAGUAUAGAGUUUAAGAUUUUGGCUCGGUACUGGAUGCAAAUUCGCAUAGUGGACAUCGAGCAUGCAUUUUUCCAGUACAAGGGCUCGUUGUUUUCGUCGUCCCAGCUCAAGGGCACCAUCUUGCCCCACCGCAAGGUGCUCCGGUUCCUCUACGGCGACGAGCUCGAGGACGUGGCGGACGCGAAGCUCCAGUACGACCUCAAGCUCUGGGGCCUGUACUACCGGCGUGACGUGCAUACCGUGUCACGCACCCACAUCAUCCGCCGCUACCUCUACCUCUACGCUGACGUGGUGCAGUUGUUGCACGAGGAGCUUGCGGAGUUGCAGCAGCGGUACUACUCCACGCAAGCGUCGCCCACCGCUGACGAGGUGGCGCGGUUCACGCUCGACAGGCGUGCAGUGGACUUGGUGAUGAUGAACCAGUACACCGUCAACUUGUUUGUACGGUGGUUGAGCUUUAUCCGGGUGGAGGCAGGCUACUUCCCGCUGUUGCGGUUUGCGUCGUACUACACCACCAUGAUCAACCUCUUCAACCACUUCUGCUUGGUGGAUCAGCUAGUCACUGGCAAGUACGCAGGCGCCCGUGACCUUUUGGAGGAGGUGAUGGCGCGCUAUCCGCUUGCAGUGAUGCGGCCGUUCUACAACUGCAUGGUGGUGCAGGCGGUGUUUUUGGUGGUGUUCAAAAACUUCAUGGACGCAGGCCACCGCUUCCGCAUGGACUUGGACCCCAGCUACGGACGCGUGGUGCACCAAUAUCACCGGGUGGUAGCGCGCUUUGCUUCCAGCACCGCAUUGGCGGCGUUGCAUAGGGUGCCUCACUACCGCCUGGCGGUGGGUGCAGUCACCGAGACCCUGCGGUACUUGCAGGCAGCGCGGCCUGUGCAUGGCACGGCGGCGGCGUUGAUGGACCAGUACCAGGCCAGCAUGGAACCCCUGCAUUGGCAGUUGUUGGUUGACAGCUACUUUGGGUCGCUGGAGAUGUUGGUGGGCUACGCAGAAAAGGUGUGGGAGCUCUUUGAGUAUUUGCGGGACCCCGCGGAAGACGGACUGGACAACCGAGGGCCCAUUGCCAUCACGCCCACCGUCAACUUUGACCAGGACAUGAUCGACAACCCCAACUCGCGGCUCUCGGGGUACGUUUUUGACACCGAGAUUGUGGAGCAGUACAUUGCGCACAUUGUG